CUCCGUUUCCCUUUUUCUCACGUCAGACCAGUGCGAGACUUGAACCGAAACGCUUGUCGCGGUCGCGAAAUAAAAAAAAGUUCUGUGUGUGGUCAGCGGUUUUUUCCUCUCAAAUUUUACACCUGAAAAGGCUUACGGAAGUUCCGAAAAGUGAGUGAAGUGUUUUCCGGUCGGAAUUGGCCACAGUUGAAACGGAAGAUUGGGGAUUUUUUUUGUGCUAUUCGUGUGUGAAAAUUGAUUCGCGAGAAGAACAGGACCACGGCCAAGAAAAAGCAGAGGAUUUUGCUCUCUCAUUGGGUUGCGGAGGAAAGGUGCGGCGAGACGAGACAAGAAGUGAUGUGCGAGUUUUGAGACUUUUUUUUUUUUGAGAGUGAGGUUUGUUCUCAAGGUCUCCGAAUUUUCAGGUGUGAGGAAGCCAUUUUUUGACAGAAGAAGGAAGUUUUGUUUUCUUUGGGAGCGAUUGGGAAACGGAUGUUCGUUGGUGGAAUAUUCCAAUUCAAGAAAUCCCGAAUCGGAAAAGCUGCAGUGCGGAUGAUUGACCAUCGGUCAGCUUGCUGAAGAAGAAGAGUCUCUCGGAAGGCUCCGAUGAUGAUGACGAUUCAUGAUGAUUGAGGAGAAGGACCAUCCAAAGCAGAAGCUCGAGUAAAGAAGUGCCAGAAGAAAACGGGCAUAAGCAAAAAGUGUUGGAUUUUCGUCCGGCGGUUCGAUCCGGUGAACAAGUGUGUGUUGGAUAAGGUUUUUUUUUUCGUUCCUUCCCUUCUCGGGGUAAAUCGGUGGUUCUAUUCUGGCGAUGGUCAAAAAUUGCGCGUGAGGAUGUGUUGGUGAUUCCUGCGGUCCGGUCCGCUGACUGUGUGAUACGAGAAGAAGAUGUGUUUUGCAGACCCGAGCAGAAAAUAGUGGAUUAUUUACCUUCUCUGUAUGUGGUGAUCGAACGUUUGGAACGUUUCCGGGAACUCUUACGCCGGCAGGUGGAUUGGAUAUAUAGUGUCUAGUUAGAAGAUUUCCCUUCAACCGUCAUCGAUCAGUGCCUGUGCAGAUCAGUUUAUUCAGUGAUCCUCAGAAGUUACACCAUGCGAAAAGUGAAGAAAUUUGAUCGCCCCGGCCUACCGGUCUUUGCCACCGGUAGCCAUCAAUCCAGUGCAAUUGAAGAAGCUCCCUGCUCGAUUCGAAGCUAAAUUUGUCCUCGGUAGUGACCUGUGUCAAUUGGUUUGUCAGUGUGAAUUAUCAAAGUGCUGCGCAAGGUGACGCUUUCUGCAAAUUGGCAGAAAUUGAUACGAAGUCAGUGUGAAAAAAAGAAGAAAAAAAAAACGAAGUUAAGUUUCAAACGCUCUCUCCCUGAAAGCGAUAUAAUUUGAUACGUGAAGAAAAAAGGAAAUGGAACAGUUUUUUCUUUCGAUGAAUGCGUCGAGACGCACCAGUGGUGGCAGUGGUAGUGGAAGUGGAGGAGGUGGUCGAAGACCAUCAUCCUCGGGGGAUCAGGCCGGAAGCAGUUCCGGUAGUAGCAGUCCCAUAUCUCUGGAGCGUCUCAAAGAAAAGGGAAAAAAGUUGGCGUCGGCUCACGUGCAGCGGGAACUGGCCGUCACCGGCCAAUCGGAAGCCCUGGAAUUGCUGCUGGAUGAGUUCCUGUCGCCGAUUCGGCCCAUUGCCGACGCGGACAGCAUCGAGUGGUGCAAGUGGUUGAUUGCCGGUGGCCGGACACCGGGAGAGUUUGCAUCCAUAGUGCGCGGCUACGACAACCAUGCCAAGUGCGGCCUGGUCUGGAUUCCACAUGUCGUCGCCUACCGGUGCCGGACGUGUGGCAUCUCGCCGUGCAUGUCCAUCUGUCGGGAUUGCUUCAAGCGGGGCAACCACACGGAUCACGAUUUCAACAUGUUCCUCUCGCUGGCCGGCGGGGCGUGCGACUGCGGCGAUACGUCCGUAAUGAAGGCGGAAGGCUUCUGCAGCGAUCACGGGAUCAACAACUGCCAGAACAAAUCGCCGGUGCCGGACGACCUGAUGGUGGUGGCAGAAGCCAUGAUGCCCCGGUUGCUGCUGCGGCUGCUGCUGCACUUCCGUGACAACAAUGCCAAAAACCACAACUCGACGGUUUACAGCCGGACGGCCAAAUACUGUGAUGACUACUGUAGUAUGCUGAUGGAGUUCAACAACAUGGGCGAACUGAUGCGACGGGUGAUGACCAAAGCGCUGAUAGACGAGCAAACGUAUAGGAAACUGGUGGAACCACCCUUUCCCCAGAACUCGUACGGUAAUUUCCUAGAGUAUGGGCGGAGGAAGUACGAGGAAGCGGUACGGUUAUUUCCCUCCCCGGAACCGCCCGACGAAUACAAACACCUGCCUGCGCUGGGGCAAACAAUUGUUCACAAAACCCUCCUCGAAGAGUUCAUCUUUUGGACGUUCAAGUACGAAUUCCCGCAGAACAUCGUGUGCUUCCUGCUAAACAUGCUGCCCGAUCAGGACUAUAAGGAACACCUGACGCGCACCUUCGUCAUGCACUACUGCCGGAUACCGAGCGUGCUGGAGAUGUCCAACGAUCCGGACACGCUGAGCAACCGGGUGGUGCACAUGAGCGUGCAGCUAUUCUCCAACGAAAGCCUGGCGCUCAAGAUGGUCGAGGAGCUCAGUCUGCUGCACGUGAUGAUCAUCAGCCUGAAGCAGAUGAUGUCGAAGAUCCUGAUCGCGAACACGUUGCAUGACCCGGCGCGGAAUUUCCACUACGUGAUCGACUGUGCCAAGCGGGUGAUGAAGGAUCACUGCUACUGGCCGCUGGCGUCCGAUUUUAACAACGUGCUGUCGCACGAAUCGGUUGCGCUGGUGUUCCUCAAGGAUGACAACCUGAUCGACAUGUGGUUCCAGUUUCUGUCGAUGUUGCAAGGCAUGAACGUCAACAUCCGCGAGACGGGCAGCCACGUCGAGUUCGAACCAAGUUCCUAUUAUGCGGCGUUCAGCUGCGAGCUGGAGGCCAGCGCCUACCCGAUGUGGUCGAUCAUUUCGCACCUGAAGGACCCCUCGCACGCCCCGCUGGCCAAGAAGAUCAUGCUGUUCUGCGUCAACUACCUGCAGGACUGGCUCGACGCGGUCAACUUCUACCAGCACCCGAAGUUUAAUAAGGAGGAGCUGUACCGAGCAUCGUUUCACUAUCCGCUGCAUCGCUAUCUGGCCGCCUUCAUCUGUCAGGGUGUGAAGAAGAUGGGAAUGUCGCUGAGCGACAUUCUCCCAUCAGCGGAACUGCUGCCGAAGCUGAUGAUGCACCCGCUGCGGGUUCAGAGUCUCUUCUACGAAAUCCUCUCCGGAAUCUGGGUGCGCAACGGGCUCCAGAUCAAGGGCCAAGCCAUGACCUACCUGCAGGCCAACUUCUGCAACUCGAUGGUCGACAUGGAUCUGUUCUUCCUGCAGAUCUGCGCCACCCAGCUGCCGGCCAAUAUGUUCCUCACCGAUUGCAUCGCGAUCUUCGGCGUUUCCGAGUGGCUGGGGAUGGGCGUGCUGAGUGCCCCGCAGGAGAUGGAGCAGGACUCGAUGCUGGAGGGGUUGCUGACUUUCUUGGCAACGCUGAUCACGUCCCGGGUCAACUUGGGGAACGAUGAGACGACACAGUGUAUCAUAGAGAUCAGUGCCCUGCUGGCGACGGGGGACAAGACGCACAGCCAGCUGCUGGAACUGAUGCCGGAGCGAAGUUUGAACGCCCACACGCGGAACUUCGAGCGGUUUUUGAAGGAUCUGUCGGUUUACCGGCCUCCGCCGGUGAACUCGGAAAACUUGGAACAGGGACUGUUCAUGCCGGUGGCCGAGGUUUGGGAGAAGUAUUACGAUCCGUUGCAUGUGCUGCUGCGGGCGGUGCACAGGCGGGACUUCCAGAACUCGAUGGACCGGUUUAGUGGGUAUGUGAAGGGCGAAGGUAAGAUGCCGAAGAGUGGGAGUCUGUGGCCGCCGUUCCGGCUGCCGAGUUCGUGCGGGAAGGUCUACAGCGAUCCUAGGAGUAUUCUGAGUUCAAGAGUGCUGCAUGCGACGGUUUUGGCGAUUUUCUACAGGGCUGUGCAUACGCAUAGCGUUUCGGAGCACAUGUUGGCGCUGGCGGUGUUCCUGCUGGAGAUGGCUGUGAGUAAUAGCGAGAGCAACAAGGUUUGUGGUAAUGAGCUGGAGAGAGGUGUGGCUUCAGGGACUGGGAAUGGACGCCGGGCGUCCGAGGAAAGCAAGGAAGCGGUUCCGGAGUUGCUGAAUUGCUAUCCGAGCAAUUGUUUGACGGAUAAUCUGAAGAUGACGAUCAAGCGGAUAUCGCUGAUACCGGGUGAGCCGCAGGUUUCGCCGGCGAACUAUCAGAACCAAAGCGCAGGAACGCCCACGUUCGACAGCGACGUGGAAUGGGAACUGUCCGAGAGUGAGACCCUACCGAUGUUGGUCGGUAGCGUUGAUAACGAGUACGGAACGCAUUUGAACAGUGGCGGUGAAGUUGCAAUUCCUCAAGACUUGUCCGUAGUGCGAGGAAGUUCGCUUGCCCGGCGAAUGGAUGACGAAGAUGACGAUGAAAUGGCUCAGAUGAUAGUCGAUCAACCGCUCCCGCCGCUAAAUCUACGACAGGCCUUAACCUUGCCCGAGUACCAUAACAACAAUAACGAAAGCAAUGACGCCGUUAUGAACUCCGGGACGGUUGCGGUUCCUCGGGUGACGAGUGAGAUCUACAACGAAAGCAGUAUGGAGCUAGUGAUUCGACAUGACUUCCCCGUUGCACCGACUCAGACUUCGACAGCCAACGACGCCAAUCGGACGAUCACUCCGGAUACGACUAUGUUCUCCUCGUCUGUACCCUCCAACCCGGGCCUGCUGCUGCCCUUCAAUCGUGUUCAACCAGUUACAGUUCCUAGUAGACCGCAGCUGCCGGCCCCGGCCAAUGCAAGUACCGUGGCCAACGCAGUUAGCGCUACAUCCACCAAUUCCGGUGGAGCCAGUUCCCAACUAGUCCAUCAGAUUGCCGGCAGUCGACCGCGGCACAAACGCCGCAAUAUCGAAGCCUCCCGAGAUUCCACCCACGAAGCGGACACCGUACUGAUCGAGGAAAGCAUCCUGUCGCUUCUGCUGAAGCUCCACUCGCAACUGAGCGGUGCGUUGGAUAGCUUCUCGCUGGAAGACGAUGCGCCCGAGGAAGAUGACGAACGGAUGGACCAGGACGAAGACUCCUCUAGCUCUUCUAGUCAGCAACAGCAGCAGCGUAUCAAGGUUUCCGAAUCGCGCAUCGGAGAUGGUCCGUACUUCAUAGGGAACCUGCUGCGGAGGAUCGCUCGGUUGGACGCGAGCUGUGCCCGGAAGAUCAACGAAAUCCGUCACGCCCUGUGGCCGAACCAAAGAGAACGACAGGCGGAGCAGAAAGCACGCGAGGCUAAGGAACGGGAAGAACGCAGCAAGCGGGCGAAGGAGCGCCAGAAGAAGCUGAUGGAGGAGUUCGCCAGCCGCCAGAAGGCCUUCAUGGAGCAGGCGGCGGCCAAUAUGGAUUGUUUCGAGGGUGACGAAGAGGACGAGGAGGAAAUGAUCGAGAUGCCACGGGAGAAGGAGUACGAUUGUAUCAUUUGUAAUACGACCGGACCGAGUACGGAGUCGAAUCCAAUUGGGUUGGUGGUGUUGGUCGAGUCUAGCAGUAUUGUGGGUCACCGGAGGAAGGAGAACGACCGUUGUCCGUUGCCAUUGAAUGAUGAUGAUAAGGCGCGGUUGGAGCGCAACGUUAAGAUGUCCACCGAGUUCAACAAACGAGUUGAUCUGCUACAGUGGAAGUUUGGUUCGACGUCCUGGUUCCUGUCCCAUAACAUCGGUUGGGAAGGGGGCGUCCAUGUGCAAUCCUGUGGACAUCAUGUGCACCUCACCUGUCAGGAUUCAUACUUGAAGUCCCUGCACACUUCGGCUCGACCGCAGAACCUCAACGUUGAACGGGGAGAAUUCUUCUGUCCGGUCUGUCGGCAGCUUGCUAACUCAGUGCUUCCGCUUAGCCCUUGCCUGGACCGUCCAACCCCACUGAUACGAACUCCUCCUCCACCGUACAGCAGUCUAGUCAACGACUUGAUGAACCUCAUCAAGGAAAACAAACGCCCUCCGACCACCAACAAACUGUACGAGGCCAUGGGCCGAGCCAUGGAGAACAUGACCAGCUGCACGCAGCGGAACAUCAAGAAGCACCCCGUCACUCUGCACAGUCUGUUCUCGUUUGUGAUUUCGAUCGCUCGGAUCAACCUAGAGUCGGAAAUAAUCCAACGGGGUGGAACCCUAUGCACCCAAAAAGAUCUCCGCUACAAACCGAAGCGGGACUGUAUCGUCCCACUCUUGCACGUCCUAUCGCUGAACGUUCGGCUGAUGAUCAAUGACGAUUCGCCGGUGCGACUGAAAGCCGGAGAAGACUGGCCCACGUGGCAUUCGUGGGCGAUCCUUUGUGGACUGGCACUGGCCCGACAACAGGAAGCCGAUGCCGGAGUGGAAGGGACUUCGGCUUCGGCGACGGCCGGUGCCGUAGGCGCUGCUCUGGGUUUCCCACCCUCGUCGGAGCCCGAGGAUGGCAACUCAACGGCAACCACGUCCGCACCCAGCUACAGCAACAACGAAGCUAUCCCGGCACUGCUGAACGAUCCGUGCGCCUUGCUGCUCAAGUUCAUCCUGCUGGCUCCGCUGCAUAUGGAUCAAGCAUACUUCACUUGCAUCGUCAAAGUGAUGUACAACCUGCUCUACUACCAAAUCGUGCUCCAGCUGUGCACCCACCUGACGGACGACCAGUGCGAGUUCCUAGUGGAACAGUACUCCUCAGCGCCACAAAUACGCGAAAAGGGUGUCCGCAGCAUCGGCGCCGCCAUGGCUUUCGUCCUGAACAACCUGGAACGCUGCCGGUACAUCCGAUCGGACAGCGUCCUCAUGACGGACCAUUCUUCGAUGAUGGACCUGAGCGACGGCGGCAGCAGCAGCACCAGCAAACCUUCCACGCCGAACGGGGCCACCUCCACGUCCGGCCAAUUGGACCUAGCCAUGCUGGAGAAACACCUGCAGCGGCUGUGUCUACCCUUCCUGAGGGUAGCGGCCCUACUGCGGCACCACAUCUACCACGCCGAAAUUCCGGAAAUACCCGGACCGCAUUGGGAGUUCAGCCGGCUCGUGUACUACCUGGAACUGGUCACCGUCAGCAUGGACCUGGACAAGUUCAACGCCAGCAAGGCGCUGUGCUUCCUGCCGGGUACGGAACUGGCACUGCCCAAGUUCUGGUGCGACCAGCUACGCGAGAUCCGGCCCACGUACGAAUCGACCCGGUCGCUCAUCGUCAGCCAGCACAUCGAGUGGAAGCAGCCCCGGCUGCUGGGACUGCCCCGGGAGUACGAGCGCUUGUUUACGCACUACCACGAGCAGCCUUGUCCGAAGUGCCAGAACGUGCCGAAGGAGAGCUCGAUCUGCUUGCUGUGCGGUACGAUCGUGUGUCUGAAGCAGGCCUGCUGCAAGGAACAGGAGUGCUGCGAAGCUGUGAGGCAUUCGAUCAGCUGUGGAGGAGGAACGGGUAUCUUCCUGGUAGUGACAUCCACGUACAUCAUCAUCAUUCGAGGACGACGGGCGUGCCUGUGGGGUUCGCUCUAUCUGGACGACUACGACGAGGAGGAUCGUGACUUGAAACGUGGUAAACCGCUCUACCUGAGCGAGGAUCGCUUCAACCUGCUGGAGUCGCAGUGGCUGUCGCACCGAUUUGCUCACACCAAGCACACCUGGGUUUGGCACCGGGAUUCUCUAUAAUCCGACUUUGGACUGUUCUCCUAAAAUGUAUGAAGAAUUGUGUUGUGUUACGUCUGUUACAACAAGUAAGUGUUCGAGUGUUUGUGUGUGUUUGAAACACACACAUACCCAGAGUGAGUGUUAGUUGUCGCUGUGAGCAGAAAAGAAAGCAAAUCGAACUAAAAAAAACUCUGAAGUGUUAUUUAAACUCUGUAAACUAGUAAGGCUAAUAAGGUUAGGUAAGAGUUAAACAAAUUACUACCCAACUACCUAUUAAAAUCACUACAAAACCUAUCUGGAAACCGUUGCUCCCGCUUUGUGAUACUUGUAACUGUUAUCGACAUAUGCUUACGUUUAACAAAAAAAUAUAGCCAGAACCAAUCUCCAAACAUAUAAAUACUGUAAUUACUCUUACUAGGCGAUGAGAUCAAACUGUGUAAACUAGUAACCUUACCCUUAAGCGCAUAUGAUAAAAAUGGAAAUAUAACCAAUAUAUUAUUUGUUCGCAACGAUUAAACCAUGUUAAACUGGACUGUCUCUCGAAUGGAACUCUGUUUUGUUUUCCCCCCUCUUAUCGUUCGUUUAGGUUUAGCUCAGUUUUACUAUUUAAGUUUGUUUAGUUUGCUCAAGUUUGAAACACCAAUAAUUGUCUCAAUACUAGAUGGAGGGAGGUGAGAAAGCAUUUGCCUUAGAAAGCGAUCUACUACUACUACUACUACUACUAAGUCGAGGCGUGUACAGUUAGAGAUAGUCUGUGUAGCGAACGGAUGAAAUAGCAAAUAGUGUUUUUUUUUUCAAUUCAAUUAAUCAUUAAUAGGACUCAACAAAUUGUUUGCUUCGGGCAAGAUGGAGAGGAGAGAGAGCGAGGAGGAUAGGUUUCAAGCGCGUGGGAGGAAUUGUUGCACUGGGCAACAGAAGAGAUUGUGGAUAGUGGAGGAAAUCAAUAAAAUAGCGAGUAGAAACCAAUAAAUUAAUUUCAUGAUAUAUUAUGAAUCUA